CGCAAACAUUAUAUCCCCAACGCUCGUCUCACCACCAAGCUCCACAUCUUGUCUACAAUUGUACCAACUCGUGGCGGCUAUGAAUGGGAUCGCAUUCCCCGUUCAGGUCGCCCUCUUGUUCCGCAGGCUCGUGAAUGUCGUAUCGACACUCGCUGUUUCGAAACAGUACUCACUCUGGGACCAACGCACGGUCGAAGAACAUGAGAAGCAAGGGACGACCGACUGGAACUUGACGGAAAACAAGCUUGGAUCGUCGUGUGCACAAUCGUCGUCAGACUCCCGCUCUAGCACUCUACUUGCACCAUCCCCCAUCGUGUCUCAAACCUCGUGGACCAAUCUAUCGUUCGCAGCCGAGCCGCUUGGUGGAUACCAAUCAUCUUUACCAUCGACCACGGAUCGAACAUUACCGCCGUCACGGAGUCCGGUGCCAAUUCCGUGGCCUCAACCCCGCAAGCCUUCACAUGAGCCUUCCCCCAAUCCGCCUCGUUCUCAGAACACGGAUCAGCCCUCCCGAGAUCCUGCGGAGCUUGACAUCAUCCACACACUGCUCGCCAAUCCUGCGCUUGCCGAUCCAAUACGGGUGCCGCGAUACCCCAUAGUUCUGUGUCAUGGACUGUACGGAUUCGACUCACGCGGGCCGAGCUCUUUUCCCAGCAUGCAAAUACACUACUGGUCGAACGUUCUCAACAUCCUGCGCCGUAAGGUUGGAGCUGAGGUCAUCGUCACGGCCGUCCCUGGUACCGGCUCGAUCGAGUCCCGAGCUGAAGCUCUAGAUCAGCAACUACAGAGGAAAGCUCGGGGUCGGGGUGUGAACUUUCUCGCCCAUUCCAUGGGUGGUUUGGACUGCAGACAUCUCAUUUCGCACAUCAAGCCGACAGAAUACAUCCCUCUGUCGCUCACCAGUGUCAGCACGCCGCAUCGGGGAAGCCCUUUCAUGGAUUGGUGCUCGGACAAUAUAGGGCUCGGCAAACUUAAGCGCGAAGAGCUGGUAUCUCGGUCCGUAGGGGAAGGCAAUGGGUUCUCUCUUGCACAGCUUCCCUCCUCCUUUGUCUCGCUUCUCCUCAACGUCGUUGACUCGCCUGCCUACGCCAAUCUCACUACUUCAUUCUUGAACGAUGUGUUCAACCCUCAGACACCUGACGACCCGCGCGUCAAGUACUUCAGUGUGGCUGCGCGAUCGUCCGGCGCCAGUAUUUGGCAUCCCCUAUGGUUGCCCAAGCUGGUCCUCGAUGGAUCUGAAGACAAAGAACGCGAGCGACUGCGCGCAGCUGGAUUAGGCAGAGAACAGCGCAAAGAGUGGGGUAAUGACGGACUGGUGACAAUCGACAGCGCACGAUGGGGCGAAUUUCUUGGAACCAUGGAGUGUGAUCACUGGGAAAUCCGUGGCGCGCGAGGAUUAGAACUGAAUGUCGAGAUCCCUGCCUUCGAAGGGCUCGGUUUUAUCGAUUGGGGCCGGUUUGCGAGUGCUUGGAAGAAGGAGGAGAAAGCCCAAGCGGCUGCUGCGACGCCUGAAGAAGUCAAGGACAGGGCGGAUAAUGCUCUGAUCAGGAAAUCGACCGAGACUCUAUCAAGCGUGGUGGACUGGCUUGUGGACCAAGUUCCUGUUCCGCUGGCGUCGAAGGGCAAGACCAUGGACGAGUCUGAGGACCGAGUUGCUGCCGACGUCGCAAAGCUGCACGGAGAAGUGAAGACUGGGAAAGAGAAGAAGGAGCGCAAGGCGGAACUGGUAACUAAGACUGAUCUUGAGAGAUUUUACAUUGCGUUAUCUAGGAAGAUGUACGAUGAGGGACUGUGAAGAGGUAUCUCGUUAUUACUGUAUUAUAGCCAAUGUAAAGAUAAUGUUGUCUUAUACUUACGCAUUAUUAUUCUUGAGGUCAAGUCUCAUCUACUGACUUGAAAAAGAUCAAGUUUUG